AUGACAACAUUUUAAACACCUCUGACAACAUCGGCAACUCAAUCAGCGUACUGGAGCCUUAGUACGCUUAUUCCACGCUGUACUUCACCAUUCUACCCAUCAAUAUACUCGCUACAUUCUAUCCUCUCACAAUGUCUUGUUGUACCUCAUCAUCGGACCAAUUGGUCUUCUACGACAUCGCCGCCGGCUCCCCUAUUCACCCACACGCGCCGAACCCAUGGAAAGCUCGAUAUGCGCUCAACUUCAAGCGCGCAAACUUCACCACCAAAUGGGUUGAUCUCUCCGAAGUGAAAUCCACACGCAUGAGUCUCGGCGUAGCGCCAGUGCGCUUCUUCGCCAACGGGGAGCCAUUCUACACAUUUCCACUACUCAAGGACGGGUCUACGAUCUUGGGGGAUUCCUUUGGUAUCGCCGUACACGUGGAUAAGAAAUAUCCUGAUAGUCCCUCGUUGUUUAAGCAUUCGAUUGGGUUGUACGCAGCUUUCAACGCGCACAUCGACACCGUAUUCACCGCAGGCGCGCAAUUAUGCGCCGCAAGCAUGCCAUUCAGUCCAGAAACCGAGGAGAAAUGCAAAGCCGAGUUCUGCAGACGUGCCGGUGUAAAGUCCUACGAUGAACUAAUCGUGCACGGAGAGGCGAAGAAGAAAGUCAAGGAUGCGUUUCAAGCUGCGAUAGGGGAAGCUGCGAAGUACUUUAAGUUCUCCGAGGGCCCUUUUAUUGGGGGGAAAGAACCUGAUUAUGCGGAUAUGAUUGUUGGUGGUUGGUUGAUGUUUUACUGCACGACGAUACCUGGGGAUUGGGAGGAUAUACGUGGGUGGCAUGGUGGGGUUUGGGGGAGGCUACAUGAUGCUUUGAAGCCGUAUAGAGGGGAAUGGUGAGAGGUUGUAAAUACCUUGGGUAUCUAGUAGUAAUGAUUGAUGACGAUGAAGGUAAUUGAUGGUGUUUUUUCUAGGUUUAUUCACGGAUUCCGAUCAUGCUAGCAUUAAUUAAAUAUUUCACGUAAAAGUCCUGUCUUUAACGGAUUGAAACACCGCUUAGUACUCUGGUGAGGGGUCGUCUUCGGCAUCAAAAACAAUAAGUUGACCUCGAACAAUACAACAUCAAUAUAUAUCACAUCUUAAACA